AUGGCCCGGGUAGAGGUGAUGGCUGCGAUGCUCCUGCAGUGUUUCCCCUGCUUGGAAGAGAGGCAUGUCCGCCAGCACUGCCGCAGCGACGGCGACAGGUCCGGCGUCUGCUACCGCUGCGGCAGCCCGGGCCAUCGGGCCGCGGAGUGCACCGGACGCGUUGUGUGCCCGGUGUGCUCAACGGCCGGAAAGGAGGCGACCCAUCGAUUGGGCGGGGAGGCGUGUAGGCGGCCCGCAGCAAACGGUCUCCCAGGAGCUGGUUGCGGGGCCCUCUGGAUUGGGCCAAGAAGCCUCUCCGCGAAGAAGAGAAGGGACACUAGGAAGCCCAGAAGAGAGGAGGCUGGCCCAUCUGCACCUGAGGACCUAAGGGUCCUCACCGAGAUGCAGAUGGAGGAGCCUCCUCCGCCGUCGGUGGGCGGAGAGUGGACGGGGGCCGACUACGAGGAACAUCUUGACCGGGUGACGGGAAUCAUCAGACGAUAUGCCUCCCACCCGGUGGUGGUAGCCAGGGACUUCAACGCCAAAUCCGGCGCGUGGAGUUCCCCGGUCACCAAUCAUCGUGGUCGGCUCAUCGAGUCCUGGGCGGCGUCGUCGGGCCUUCACUUCUCAACGAAGGCUCGGCGCUCCUCCGUCCAAGCCAGAAGACGCAUGCAGCGGACCAAAAGGACGGGGAACGUCGCCGAGGCGACGAGAGCGCGCAGGGCUUUCCGGACCGCACGAAAAGCCCUGUGCGUAGCUAUUGUGAAGGCCAAGAGAGUGAGUUUUCAACCCCCAUUCCUUGACAAUGUGGUGGAAGCCCUCUUCCCGGAUGAGGGGCUCCCGCCCCUUCCGUAUGAGGGUCCCCCGGCGGACUGGAACGAGGAGUGGGAAGUGUCCGGGGACGAGUUGACAUGGGCGGCUCGCCGGCUCGGCGGAGCGAGAAAAGCGCCUGGGCCGGACGGGGUUUCGGGUCGAGCAUGGGCCCUGGUCUUGGCCGAUGUCGGGGCCCGCCUGAGGCGCCUCUUCACCGGGUGCCUCAGGACGGGCACUUUCCCCAGUUGGUGGAAAAGGGCGGGGCUGAUCCUCAUACCCAAGGUGGGCCGGCCCCUGGACGCCCCUUCCGCGUAUAGGCCCAUAUGCCUAUUGGACGAGAGGAGGCGAUACGGUAUCACCGCUUUUUCCUCUACCUGCUCCAUAUUGUCCGCGACUAUUUCUGGGAGAGGACUCUGGAGUUCGUCGACCGUGAUGGACUCCAACGCGGAAGGGGCAUGCGGUGCGGGGUCCGUCUUGGGGUCCCUGUUGUGGGACCUUGCAUUCGAACGCGUCCUCAGGUCAGCUCUUCCCCCGGGCAGCACAGUCGUCUGGUACGCGGACUACACGCUAGUGCUGUCCGGAGGCUCCGACUGGGUGGAAGCCACGGCUCUGGCCAACGUGGCCGUGAAGUACGUCGUACGCAAAAUACGGGCGCUGGGCCUGAGGGUGGCUCCUCCAAACACUGAGGCGAUAUUCAUGCACGCUCCGGCGGAGGGGCGGCCCACCCAAGCCCACAUAAUGGUGGAAGACACCCGCGUGGAUGUGGGGCCCGCGCUGAAAUAUCUGGGCCUUACCUUCGAUGGAACUUGGGGCUUUGUCAAGCACUUUGAACGACUUAGCCCCAAAUUGGAUCGAAUGGCGGGCGCGCUAGCCUGCCUCCAGCCCAACUUUGGUGGUCCGCGGACAUUGGUGAGACGGCUGUUCGCGAACACAGUCCACUCCAUGGCCCUAUAUGGAGCCUCGGUGUGGGCAGGUGAGAUGAAGGUCAGCCGGCUCAUAAGGGUGCUACUCAAUAGCGCCCAGCGCGUUAUGGCCAACCGUCUCACCCGAGCAUAUCGGACCGUGUCGCACACAGCCGUCACGGUCCUAGCCGGCAUGCUACCCGCGGAGCUCCUCGCUAGGGAACACGCCAAAACGUACACCCGUCUGAGGGCACCCCGCAAAGAGGGGACGAGAUUGUCGGCCGGGACCAUUGGGCGGAUCCGUGCCCGAGGCCGGCGCAGGGCCCUCUUGCUCUGGCAAGAGCAACACUGGGGGUUCAAUGUCCCGGGCCGGCGGACCAUCGAGGCCAUCCGCCUCUGUCUCCUCGAAUAUGUGGACAGGGGCCAAGGCGAGUUAACUUUCCACCUGACACAGGUGCUCACCGGGCACGGCUGCUUCGAUCGCAGUGUUCUGAUCGCAGUGGUUGGCGGCGACCUCUCGCUCCUUGCCGUGGUCAGAACCAUGGUCGGGAGCAAAGAAGCUUGGGAGAAAGUGCUCUCCUUCUGCUCUUCCGUUAUGGGGC